AUGGUUCGUAAAAAAUCAGUUUCGUCAAAAGUUAAAACACGAAGAAAAGCAUACAGACGACGACAAGAAGAUUGUUCAUAUGCUAUGCGUUCAUGGCGAAUUUUAAUUUUAACAAUAAAAGCUGCUAAAAAAUUUUUAAGUUUUAAACAUAGUAAUGGAGUUGCCAUGUAUACAUCGAGAAGAUUCGGUACACUUGAAUCAGAUUUAAUUCAUUCAAGCCAUCUUAAUUUUUGUAA